AUGCAAAUGCGCUUCAUUAGGACCGGCUGAUCUGAUGCACAGCUGGGCAAAUCAAGUGUGCAUCCCUCCAAAUCCACUUGGGUUGGAUGGUAACUGAAACUUUCUCAUUGGUUACAUUUUAAUUGGUGUUUGUUCUGGCGCGUAUGUUUCUCCCUAUUAGAUUUCGCGGCGUGUGCUAGUAGCCAACUGUGUUUGCAUCCUCUGUUUGGAUUCGGGUUAGGGACAGCCUUAAUCUUGCAACAUCUGUUUGGCUUGAAGGCUGAAAUUGCGUUGAAGGCUGUGGUAUAAAAAGCGGCAUGCCACCGCAUUCAAUCACCACAGUCGAUUUGCAUUGCUGAUUAAUCGAGGCUUGGUGAGGCACGUCUGGCGAUCCCCAACACUAGCCAUGCAUUCAACAGUUCAGAGUUUUUUGCUGCUUUGCAUUUUCGGUUGUGUAUGUUCAGAUUCCAUUUCUGGAGCAAGUCUCAACAAUGAAACUGAGGAAAUUGAUCAGAUCGUUGGUGGGACCCAAGCUGCUGCUGGGGAAUUUCCGUAUAUGGCGAUUUUACGCCGCAACGGCGAUUUCUUCUGUGGUGGAACGUUGAUUGCGCCUUCUUUUAUCUUGACAGCUGCCCAUUGUCUAGCCAAUGUACCGGCCUCGUCCACGGGAUCGCUGCAGGUGACCUUAAACACGGUAGCAGCGAGUGGCGGAUCCGGUGCUGAAGUGAGGACUGUAAGGAGGUUCCUUGUGCAUCCAUCGUACAAUUCCGGAACAAAGCAAAACGAUGUUGCCAUCAUGGCUUUGAGCACGCCUGUUACCAAUAUCACGCCUGUUCCGCUUCCGUUUUUCUCCGACGCGGGCACUUCGUAUGAGGGCCGGAGUACAGUUAUUGCCGGAUGGGGUACAACAUCUUCUGGUGGAAGUGUGUCGAGCGUGUUGCUUAAAGCAACGGUUAGUAUUCUUGAGAACAGGGUAUGUCGUAGACAGUAUGGAAGGACAAUCUUGGGUUUUGUUUUAUCGAGUGCGUUCUAUCCUGGCGAGAUGUUGUGUGCCGCUGCUGCCGGGAAAGACACUUGUCAGGGUGAUAGUGGCGGUCCACUGCUCUACGCUGGGUGUCAAGUGGGUAUUACCAGCUUCGGUAGGGGUUGUGCCGAUCCGAGAUUCGCCGGCGUGUAUACCCGCGUCACCAAUUAUCUUGGCUGGAUUGCAGACACUCAGAGGAGGAUUUAAAACUUUGUCGCGCAACAAGCCGUGCAAAGGCGAACGGGUCUUGGGUGUAGGGUGGAGGAUUACAGUUUAUGAAUAAUACAGUUACCAUACCCGUAGA